CUGCAUAUGAGACGGGAAACUCGGAGGCCUGCCUUGGCUGGAGCUGAGCUGGCUGCAUGACAACCCGAACCGCGGCCACUUUUAGCGGGAGUUACCCUCGAAGCCUCGGCCCGUUUGUUUCCCAUCUCAUAUACGGGUUUCCUCCCCUUCAAAGACCAUCGAGCCUGUUUCCCCAACCUUUGUAGUAGCCACGAACUAUGAGACGAAAGCAGAAGCAGAAGCAGGAAAAGAUCUUCGGUAUACGAGAGAUAUACUGUCCACCACCCCCCAUCCAGCCGGAAGUCGACAUCGUUGCAGUCCACGGCCUCAACGGAAGCGCUCUCGGGACAUGGACAACACUCGACUCAGGGGUCUGUUGGCUAAACGACCCUCAGUUUCUACCCAAAUACGUCAAGAACGCCCGAGUCAUGGUCUGGGGAUACAACGCCAGCUUCUCGUCUCUGACCGGCCACGUUCCAUCCAAUGACCGAAUCCACCACCACGCCCACACUCUUGUCGCCAACCUGGCCGCUGACAGGCGGCUCUCCGGCACCGCAGACAAGCCCAUAAUCUUCCUCUGUCACUCCCUCGGCGGCAUCGUCGUGAAACGGGCCCUCACCUACGCCCAAACCCGCACCGCCCCCAACAUAACCCACGACCACGCCAUCUACACCCACACCACCGCCAUCCUCUUCUUCGGCACCCCCCACCACGGCACCCCCAAAGCCACCUGGCUGCACCACCUCACCAAAGCCCUCGCAGUCGCCACCCUCCACAAACUCACCCCCUUCCACCGCCCCACCUCCAACCUAAUCCCCAACCUCCAACUCAACUCCGAAACCCUCCAAAACAUAACCGACGCCUUCACCCCCCUCACCUCGCAACUCCGCAUCCUCUACCUCUGGGAAAUGCACCCCACCCCAUUACUACGCGACUACGUCGUGCCGAUGGCGAGCGCCGUGCCCCCGGGGGACGACGAGGCGGAGAGGGCGGGGAUUGCGGCGGACCAUCGCGGGAUGGUGCGCUUUGGGGAUCCGGCGGCGCAGGGGUUUCGGGUGGUGGUGGAGGCGCUGGGGCGGUAUUGUGCUGAGGCGGGGGAGGUGGUGCGGUUAAGGAGGGGGGAGGCGGAGGGGGUGUUAUGGGGGGAGAGGAGGAGGGAGGUGGGGGAGGUUUUGAGGGGGGUUGGUUUUGGUGGUGGUGUUGAGAAGUUGGGGAUGAUGGUGCCGGAUUUGGUGUUGGGGAGGGUGGAUGAGAGGUUGGAGGAGUGGAUGGGGCGGACUGCGACCUUACGGUCUUCUGGAGGGUCGAAUAAGGUCAAGGACGAGGAGUGGUAGAGGUUGGUGCAUGUUUGGGUCUGAAAAUGCCCGCGGUGUAGCUUCCCUGUUAUUCUUAUCAUCGACACUGAACAUUAGGCUGCGGGUGAAGAGACUGGAGACUGGAGACAAAGGAAAUAGAUGCCAGACAUUACGAGUUUAUGCCAUGAUGGUGGUGCCGGCUGAGGAAUCCAAGCAACCGCCUAUUCAGUCAAACCAGGGUCUAUCCACAUAGUCGUUCCUUAACCCAAGUUGCUUCGCAGCGCAUAUCUGAC